AUGCGAAGUAGCCAAUUGCCUAUUAUUAUCACUGGCAGUUAUGCAAUCAGCUGUUCACAUUUUGUGGAUAGUGCCUUCGCCCAGGUCGAGCGUGUGUCAUUGAAAAUGGCUGCGUUUACAGACGAUCGUAGCUGGCGACCAUCACGACGUCACCGUCAUGAUGGACACUGCUCCUCGCCACAAUCCACAGAGUGUGGACCGCUGAUCGCGUGA